AAAAGCUUAUUGUUUUACAAAUAUUGAAAAUGGUGAAGAAUGUGAGUUUAGAUGCAGUGGACCAAAAAUUAGCCUUGGCUAAGCAAUAUUCUCAUGAAGGAGUUGUUGCAGGAGCAAAAGCAGCUGUUGUUGCAUCUGUUGCUACUGCCAUUCCAAUUUAUGCUUUUGGGAAGAUGUCACCAUGGGCAAAAACCUAUCUGAAUCCAACAGCUAAAGCUCUCAUUAUCUCAACAGCUGCUGGGAUGGCAUAUUUUGUUGUAGCUGAUAAGACUAUUCUCAAAAUAGCAAGGCAAAACUCCUUCAAACAAAACUAAUUAAGGGUCACAAUUGAAUUAAUCAACUAUUUUAAGUAUUAAUUUAGAGUAUAUCUAAUAUCAACAUUAUUAAUGUAAUUUUGUUUAU